UUGCCCUCUCCCUUUUUUAUCUCUUACACUCAUUGAUCACUUCCAAAAAAUUAUUGUUUCUUAAUCUGUGAUCGGUUUAGUGAAAAUGAAGACGACCGGUUCGAAUGUGGGAGGAAGGAAGAGGAAGAUGUGGAGCCGUGGAGUGGGAGGAGUGGUUAGAGAGCAAAAGGCUAAGCUUUACAUCAUAAGGAGGUGUGUUGUCAUGCUUCUUUGUUGGCAUGACUAA